AUGGCGUCGUCAGGGAGAGAGCUCAAGGUCAGGUUCCAAGAGCCCAGCAUUGUCAUCCAGCGCAAGGAGAACGACGCACGCAACCAGGCUCAGGAGACGAACGCUCACUUGCAAGCUCUCCGCCUGACUAGCAAAAGGCUUGCCUCGUCCUUGAGCAGCUCCCUGAACGGAGUCAAUCAAGCCCUCAAGGAGAUCAAAGCCGAUAUCAAAGUGGGAAGUCGCGAGCUCAUACACCGAAACAAGACUACGACGUUCAAGUGCUUUGCCCGCCUUCCCUUUGAAAUCAGGGAGCUGAUCUGGGAGUUUGCCAUGCCCAACCGGCUCAUCACCUUUGCCCAUCCCCCCAGCAAGUGGUCUCUGAACAGACGUCUCUCCUUGCUUCCACACCCGCAGACCAUCCCUUUUGGACACAACGGCAUCAAGCAAGCGCAGGCGUCGUUCGCGCUCCUGCGCGUCUGCUACGAAGCCCGCCUCGUGGCCCUCCGCCACCUCCACCGCACCAACACGGUCCGCCACCCGCUUCAGCCCGAGGACCCGACCCCGCGACCGACGCAGUUCCGCCGCGCCGUGCCCGGUACGGACUUCCGCCGACCGAGCCACCACGACCCCUUCAACCCUCGACGCCGACGCCGUCCUCAUGCCCAUCCGCGACACGGCGCGCGGCCGCAGCUUCCGCGACCCGCGCGUCCGCCACCUUCCUCAACACGCGGCACCUCGUCGUCGCUAUCACCGUAG